AGGUGGCAGAAAGUUUUCUUUUGGUCUUUGGUGCCCCUUCACAUGGUGCCAUACAGGGCAGCCUCCUGUCAGCAGACCUGCAUGAACUGUGUUGCUUUACCGAGCAGCGAUGAAGAAAGCCGUUCCUCACUACUCCAGAUGGGCAGAAAGACGAUCCACCGUGGUUUAUGCGGUUCGCUCAGCCACGAUUGGCUCCUGGAGGAUGCUCACGAUGGGGGCGGAGUACUUAGACACCUGGGCUCGGUCACCUGACAGGAGAGAACGUCCUGAGAAGCUGGUCAGAGAGGAGGAGGAGGAGGAGGAGGAGGAGGAGGAGCCGGGGCCAUCAGAUACUGGAGAGCAGGGGGAGUCCUCAUGGAUAUCCGCUGACAAGGACCCAGAACAGAAGUACGAGACUGUUCUGCACCUGGACGGGAUGAGCGGACGAAAAAUGGGAGAUGGUGUCCAGGAGGCCAUAAAGAAGCAUGACAACCUGAAGAGCACCUCCACUAAUCAGAGAAUGGCUCGCUUCGCAGAAGAUCUACCCACCCGCUAUGGAGGAAGUGCAGGCGGCGGAGGGAGAGGUGGACCGGGCGCUGGGAGAGGAGGCGCCCGGGGUGGUGGCGCUCCGGGUGGGCAGAGGAUGUACAAGCAGUCGAUGGCCCAGAGAGCCCGGACGAUGGCCAUCUACAACCCGAACCCUGUCAAACAAAACUGCUUCACCGUCAACCGCUCCCUCUUCAUCUUCCGCGAGGACAACCUCAUCAGGAAGUAUGCAAAGCGAAUAACAGAGUGGCCUCCAUUUGAGUACAUGAUCCUGGCCACAAUUAUCGCCAACUGCAUCGUCUUGGCCCUGGAGCAGCAUCUACCCGCCGGUGACAAGACGCCCAUGUCAGAGCGCCUGGACGACACAGAGCCCUACUUUAUUGGAAUAUUCUGUUUUGAGGCCGCCAUUAAGAUCAUCGCCCUGGGCUUCGCAUUUCACAAAGGCUCCUACCUCCGCAAUGGCUGGAAUGUAAUGGACUUCGUGGUCGUCCUCACGGGAAUCUUGGCCACGGUGGGUUCAGACUUUGACCUGAGAACGCUACGAGCGGUGAGAGUGCUGAGACCCCUGAAGCUGGUGUCAGGAAUCCCCAGCCUCCAGGUGGUGUUGAAGUCUAUAAUGAAAGCCAUGGUUCCACUUCUUCAGAUUGGUUUGCUGCUCUUCUUCGCCAUUGUUAUGUUUGCCAUCAUUGGGGUGGAGUUUUACAUGGGCAAAUUCCACACCACCUGCUUCAAGAACGGCACUGAUGAGAGAACAGCUGACUGGCCUUGUGGUAAUGAGCCCCCAGCGAGGACCUGUCCCAGUGGGAGCGAGUGUAAAGUGUACUGGACCGGACCCAACUUUGGUAUUACCAACUUCGACAACAUCCUGUUCGCAGUGCUUACCGUCUUCCAAUGCAUCACCAUGGAGGGCUGGGUGGACAUCCUUUACAGCACCAAUGAUGUCGCAGGAAACACUUGGAACUGGCUUUACUUCAUCCCUCUCAUAAUCAUCGGCUCCUUCUUCAUGCUUAACCUGGUGCUUGGUGUUCUUUCUGGAGAAUUUGCCAAAGAGCGAGAGCGUGUGGAGAAGAGACAGGAGUUCCUAAAGCUUCGCAGGCAACAGCAGAUUGAGAGAGAGCUCACUGGAUACUUGGAGUGGAUCUGCAAAGCAGAGGAGGUGUUGCUGGAGGAGGAGGAUGAGAUUGCAGAGGAGAAGUCCCCACUGGACGGUGCGUGGUACAAGAGGAAACAAAACCUUCCAGUCCUGAAGCGAGGCAAAGUGAAGAAGGGUAAAAACGACCUGAUCAGCGCUGAGGAGGGGGAGGAUCCUUUUGCAGACAUCUCCUCUGUUGCUCCUCCUGGCUCUCCGUUUGGUCGGGCCAGUGUGAAAAGCAGCGGUAAGAUGGACAGCUCAUCUUACUUCCGGCGUAAAGAGAAGAGGAUCCGCUUCUUCAUCCGCCGCAUGGUGAAGGCUCAGAGUUUCUACUGGAUCGUCCUGUGUGUGGUUGGCCUCAACACACUCUGCGUGGCCAUAGUCCACUAUGACCAACCCGAGUGGCUUACAAGAGCUCUCUACACUGCAGAGUUUGUGUUUCUGGGUUUGUUUCUGACUGAGAUGACUUUGAAGAUGUACGGCCUCGGAGUAAGGAAUUAUUUCCACUCCUCCUUUAACUGCUUCGAUUUUGGGGUGAUUGUUGGCAGCAUUUUUGAGGUGAUCUGGGACAUGAUUAAACCAGGAGCAUCGUUUGGUAUCAGUGUGCUGAGAGCUCUGAGACUGCUUAGGAUUUUCAAAGUCACCAAAUACUGGAACUCUUUAAGGAACCUUGUUGUUUCCCUCCUGAACUCCAUGAAGUCCAUCAUCAGCUUGCUCUUCCUCCUUUUCCUCUUCAUUGUGGUCUUUGCCUUGCUGGGGAUGCAGCUCUUCGGAGGACAGUUUAACUUUGAAGAUGAAACCCCAACAACAAACUUUGAUACCUUCCCAGCAGCCAUCCUCACGGUGUUCCAGAUUCUGACUGGCGAGGACUGGAACGCAGUGAUGUACCACGGGAUCGAGUCUCAAGGAGGCGUUCGCGGCGGCAUGUUCUCCUCCAUCUACUUCAUUGUCCUCACACUCUUUGGAAACUACACCCUCCUGAAUGUCUUCUUGGCUAUCGCCGUCGAUAACCUUGCAAAUGCACAAGAGCUGACGAAGGAUGAAGAGGAGCAGGAGGAGGCAGCCAAUAAGAAGCUUGCUCUGCAGAAAGCUUUGGAAGUGAAAGAAGUCAGCCCGAUGUCAGCAGCCAACAUUUCGAUCGCUGCUUUUGUAAAGCAAAAUCGAGAUGCACUCUCUCGCAGGUCGUCCAUCAGCAGCAUUCAGUCACCGAGUUAUACUGUCUACUCCUCUCCCGCUCGAUGUGUCUUGAGCAAAGAGCAGCAGCGUUCAGCGAAGGCUAUGUCAGUGUGGGAGCAGAGGACUAACCAGCUUAGGAGACAUAACAUAAAAGCGAGCAGCGAGGCCCUGUACAACGAGCUCGACCCCGAUGACCGCCUAUUGAUGUCCAGCGCCCUUCAUCUGCACCCCGACAUGAAGACUCACCUGGACAGGCCCCUUAGGGUGGAGUCCAAGAAUGGAGACAAAUCCAGCAGGGCCCCCGAGGGAGGGUGGGAGGAGGCAGGGGAUCUCCGGCAGGAUGACAGCUUUCACCCACACUCCAGGAAGCAUCACCACCACCACGACAGGAGCGGGGAGAGCAGAGAUGAAGGAGAUGUCCGGGGAGGGAGGCACCACACCCAUCACAGCAGGAGCAGAGAUCACAAUGCUGAUGGUCCACAGACAAAAGAGAGGAGAGGGGAGAUGAGUCACAACCGCAAUGGAGGGCAGGGGCACAGGCACCACCACCACCAGGCCGGCUCCCCUGAGGAGGAAAAUAAUGACCUGCGGGGAGGAGGAGGAGAUAAUAAGGGGCAUCACCACCAUCACUCACAUCGUCCACCUAAAGAGGGGAAUGGGAUGUUGGCAAAUGGUGCACAGUCAGAGCGAAGGGGUAGAGGGGGAGGUGGAGGAGAUAGUAAUGGAGAGAGGAAGGACCGAUGCUCUCGUACGGGCAGAGCUCAGACAGCUCUGGGUGGAGAUGACUCUAAGAGGAACAAGAACGGAAACAGAGGUUACAGGGAGAUGGAGCCAGACGCUGAGGAGGACAGCCUUACCUGCAGUCCUCAGCAGCCUACAGAGGAUGCUGACAACCAGAAGAACUCGACUAGGGCCAGCCAGGCUGGCCUCAACAGCAAUGCUAUCCACAUUCCUGUCACCAUCACUGCCCCGCCUGGAGAAACAACCAUCAUACCCAUGAACAACAUCGACUGUGACAACCUCCAGCUCAGUGAGGAGAAGAAAGAUCUGGAAGAGGACGAGGCAGCUAAUGGGCCUCGGCAGAUCCUUCCCUACAGCUCAAUGUUCAUCUUUAGCCAAACAAACCCGGUGCGACGGCUGUGUCACUAUGUGGUCAACCUACGCUACUUUGAAAUGUGCAUCCUGACGGUCAUUACCAUGAGCAGCAUCGCCCUGGCAGCUGAGGACCCCGUGCAAGCCAAUGCGACGCGCAACGACGUUCUCAAGUACCUGGAUUAUGUCUUCACUGGAGUCUUCACUUUUGAGAUGGUGAUUAAGAUGAUUGACCUGGGACUGCUUCUCCACCCUGGCUCUUAUUUCCGUGACCUGUGGAAUAUUCUGGACUUCAUCGUGGUCAGCGGAGCUCUGGUGGCCUUUGCCUGCUCGAGCCUUAUGGGAUCGCAACAAAGCGUGGCCAGAGGGACAAAAGGCAAGGACAUCAACACCAUCAAGUCCCUGAGGGUCCUCCGGGUCCUGCGGCCACUCAAGACCAUUAAAAGGCUGCCCAAACUGAAGGCUGUGUUCGACUGCGUUGUAAACUCUCUGAAGAACGUCCUCAACAUCCUCAUCGUCUACAUCCUCUUCAUGUUCAUCUUUGCUGUGAUUGCUGUUCAGCUCUUUAAGGGGAAAUUUUUCUACUGCAGUGACGAGUCCAAGACCCUGGAGAAAGACUGCAGGGGUCAGUUUUUGGACUACGACAGGGAUGAAGUAACAGCAAAGCCCAGAGUGUGGAAGAAGUACGAGUUUCACUAUGAUAACGUGCUGUGGGCUUUUCUAACACUCUUCACCGUCUCCACCGGAGAGGGCUGGCCAGUUGUCCUGAAGCACUCUGUGGAUGCCACAUAUGAGGACCAGGGUCCCAGUCCAGGCUUUCGCAUGGAGACAUCCAUCUUUUAUGUGGUCUACUUUGUGGUGUUUCCCUUCUUCUUUGUCAACAUAUUCGUAGCUUUGAUCAUCAUAACUUUUCAGGAGCAGGGAGACAAGGCCAUGUCGGAAUGUACACUGGAAAAGAAUGAGAGGGCUUGUAUUGACUUUGCCAUCAAUGCCAAGCCGCUGACAAGAUACAUGCCAGAGAACAAGCAGUCCUUCCAGUACAAAAUGUGGAAAUUUGUGGUGUCGUCUCCUUUCGAGUAUGCCAUCAUGACUUUGAUCGCCCUCAACACCAUCGUGCUGAUGAUGAAGUUCUAUGGCGCUCCAGAUGUGUACGAGUCCAUGCUGAAAUACUUAAACAUCGUCUUCACGGGCCUCUUCACACUCGAGUGCAUACUCAAAAUUAUUGCCUUCAAUCCACUGAACUACCUGAAAGAGCCCUGGAAUGUGUUUGACUUUGUGACUGUGAUUGGAAGCAUUACAGACAUUUUGUGCACAGAGAUAAACACGAAAGAAAAAAUCAACCUGAGUUUCCUGAGGCUGUUCAGAGCAGCUCGUCUCAUCAAGCUUCUGCGACAAGGCUACACUAUUCGCAUCCUGCUGUGGACCUUCGUUCAGUCCUUCAAGGCCCUGCCAUAUGUCUGCCUACUCAUUGCCAUGCUGUUCUUUAUCUACGCCAUCAUAGGAAUGCAGGUGUUUGGUAACAUCGAGCUGAUUGAGGAGAACGCCAUAAACCACCACAACAACUUCCAGACCUUUUUCCAGGCCUUGACCCUUCUCUUCAGGAGCGCAACAGGCGAGGCGUGGCAUGAGAUCAUGCUAGCAUGCCUCAGUAACCGGCCGUGCGAUAAGCUCUCAGGAACUACAGGAGACGAGUGUGGCAGUGACUUUGCCUAUUUCUACUUUGUCUCCUUCAUCUUCCUCUGCUCCUUUCUGAUGUUGAACCUCUUUGUUGCGGUCAUCAUGGACAAUUUUGAGUACCUGACCAGGGACGCCUCCAUCCUGGGGCCUCAUCACCUUGAUGAAUUCAUACGUGUGUGGGCAGAGUAUGACCCUGCUGCCUGUGGCCGCAUAGCUUACCGGGAUAUGUACGAGAUGCUUCGGGACAUGUCCCCUCCACUAGGUUUGGGAAAGAAAUGUCCACCCCGAGUCGCCUAUAAGCGAUUGGUGAAGAUGAACAUGCCAAUUGCAGAUGACAACACAGUGCAUUUCACCUCCACCCUGAUGGCCCUGAUUCGCACCGCCCUGGAGAUCAAGCUGGCAUCUGGCAUGCUGGCACAGCGUUUGUGCGAUGCUGACCUGAAGAGGGAAAUAAACCGAGUGUGGCCCAACCUGUCACAGAAGACCAUGGAUCUGCUGGUGACGCCGCAUAAAUAUAACGAGCUGACUGUGGGGAAAGUCUAUGCGGCUCUAAUGAUCUACGACUUCUAUAAGCAGAAUCGUGCCAAGAGACUCCAGCAGCAGAAUUCUUCAGAUGGACCUCAGAGUAAAUUGGGGUCCUUGUUCCGUCCUAUACUGCCAUUCACUCACAUACAGGAAGUAGAACCACCGUUCUCCAGGCCCAAACAAGUCCUCUCACCUGAGCCUGAAAAAAAACCCGAGGCCUCGACAGCUACCACCACCACCAACACCUUGAUUAACAAGGACACAAUACUUAACCAAAGGACUGCCAUAAAACAUUCCCAGUCUGGAGAUGUUUCUCAGGCUUCACAGAGGCCCAAAAGUCGAAGAAAGCUGCAGAGAGGCCAGUCGGAGGAUGUGCAAAAUUUAACAAGACCUCAGGAACAGGUUGAACUAAAGCAGGUGGAGAACACUUCAGAUGCAGAGGCAUAUCCCAGCCUGGAAGGUCACUGCAGAGCAGCCUCUCUUCCCCGACUAAAUGCUGAAUACUAUCGGAGCCACCCUCGCCACGCCCCUGGGACCCACCUGGCACCGAUUGUGGACCUCAGUCCUAUAAAACGCUCAGCAUCCUCGCUGACACCACAGCACCAUUACCAGGAUGUUGGGCUGAAGGACUAUGACCUGGAACGCCCCAGUCAGGCUCAGUCCUCUGCAGGGAUGGGCCAGGUCCAGGGCCAAGACAGAGCCCACCACCAUCACCACCAUCACCGCUGCCAUAGACGCAGGGAUAAGGACAAAGACAAGAAGCAGAAGUCUCUGGAUAGGGCUGCAUCAGUGCAGCCAUCCAGCACCGUUGAUUCAUUUACCGACCCCUCAGCUGAAGGACUGUCCAGAGAGCGAGCAAGGGAACGGGACCGCAGUCGGCCCCAUGAGAGGAGGCACCACUCCUCAGCAGGAGAGAAGCAGCGCUACUAUUCCUGUGAGCGUUACGGCAGCAGGGAGCAGAGCCACACCAAGUCAGCUGGUCCCAGUCGAUCCACGUCUCCAGGAGAGGGACAGGACUCUGGUUUCCUCAGACAGCAUGGCAGCAGUGUGGUUAAAUCUGGCCACGGGACACUUCCAUCUGGUUCAAGCACACCGGGUCGUGGUCGCAGGCAGCUCCCCCAGACACCCCUCACCCCUCGUCCUGCUGUGGCCUACAAGACUGCCAACUCCAAUCUCCCAUCCAGUGCCAUCAUGGCUACAACAGGGCACCAGACUCGCUUCAGCCGUGGUCUUUCAGAGCACGAUCGCUUACUCGGAGCCCACGAGGAGUCUCCAAUACCAAUUACUCGAAUUGGGUCUGACCCUAAUUUAAACCGGCAGCAGCAGGACUCGUCUCAGAAGGCUCUCCUUGAUGAGGAGGACUUCCAGGAUGCUGUAAGCAGCCAAGGAGGAGGCCGCUCUGCCAGAACUGCUGCCUCCACUACAGCCUCUGCCUCUCACCCAACUGCUGCUACACCCGUCACAGCACCCACCACACAGGGCCGAGCAGUGGUCAUGCCUAACGGGUACCACUUCACCCUUGGGGUCAACUCUUCGUCUGGGCCUGGGAAUAGAGGAGCAGGAAGUCUCAGGGAGAGGGAGGAGGAUGACUGGUGCUAACGUGGCAGAAAAUUUUAGAAAGCCUGCUGUUAGCUAGAAUGGGGCAGCUCAUGAGUGCUGCUCAGCGCUCAGGUCAGGAGCUGGUACAACAGGAGGCCAGGCGACUGAUACAGAAGGAAACACGAUGAGGGAAAGUCAGUGGAAAGCGCUCGGAGAAGGGAUCAGAAAUAAUUACAGCUUUGUAGUGUUACUGUCUUUUUAAUAUAUCAACCACUUUCAAGAAAAAACACUGACUUUUUCUAACCCCUUUACUUGCACUGGAAUUAGCGCACAUGUGGAGGCCCUCAAGUAUUUUGCCUUGGCCAGUAUAUUCAGUGGAGAAGAAGACAAAAGCCAAAAUCUCCCUAUUGUUUGUGUUUUAGACUGAUGCUCAUCCCCGAUAUUGAUAUGACUGCCCACACCACACUUUUUAUUGCUGUACGUCUUAUUUUCUUACCAAAUUUCUCUCUCUUGCUUUUUCCUGGUUUGUUUCUUUAUUAUCUUGCAGCAAAUCUUGACCAGAGCAGAUUAGGAAAGCUUUUUGUUUUUAAUGUAUGUCUUAAAAUUCUGCCAUAACACCCAGUAAACACAAAAGUCAUACAAUGACAUGGGUUAAGAUAAGACUAGAGUUGAGUUUUUAGGAUCCCACUUUUGUAAAAUCUCCCAGAUGUAAUUUUCUGAGAGCACAUAGGGACUAGAACAACUCGUUUUUGACAUUAAGUGGCUAACUACUAAGUGCCUCUUUUACCACAAUGUAUUAAAAUGGAGCCUGACUUUGGGUCAGUGGAGGUUGGGUGUAGCUAAAAAAACAAAAACAAAAACAACAAAAAAAAACUUGGUCAGAACAAAACUUGUUUGAAUCUGGGCUGAAAGCAAAAAAUCAAAAACAAAACAAAACAUUUCUUUUGUGAUGAAUCUUUUGGUAGGAAGAUUAAAAUUAGAGACCCAAAGUGUAGUGCAUGCCAGGGUUGUCAAAAAAAUAGUGUCUGUACUUUUGCCUGAGGGUGUGUGGUAAGCAUUUGCCUUUCUCUUUCAGAUAUACUGCCAGACAUUUGGUAGAAAACAUUCUCUGAAUGAGGGGAAAAGUGCCAUUUUUUUUAUGAUUUUCUGAACACGAAUCUCAAAUCCAGACAAAUCUGCCUCCUCAAGCAAAUCCCUUCUUGGCCAUAUUUGCCCAAAUUUCACGGGUUUCCUAUCUUCUAAUCUUUCCUCAGACAAAGUAUUGCGUGAGGGUACCUGUGUGCGUAUUUAUAGGUACAAUAAAGAGUUGUGUUGUUGCUGCUGACUGUUGACUUAAAGUAGGGCUAUGCAACAAGACGACACUUCAUCCGCCCUGUAGCUUUACCCUCUGGAAACUCCAGAUUCAGGCUUUAGUGUGACUGUGACCAAAUUUUACAUUCAUGUGUGAAGAGCUGUAAAUUGUAAAUGUAUUAUAUGAUGUACAGUUAACUGACAACACACACUAAAGGCACGAAUGGUAUCCAAGCGGAUAUAAGUGAAUUCACAGGGCAUUUUUGAGGUUGGCAAGUUGACUGCAUGACGCCUACUCAGAUAGAACCACCCAAAAUAUAAAACUGUGUUCUUCUCUUUCCAGACUUGGGUCAAGUUGUAUUUUUAAAUAAUUUUAGUGGUUUUUAAACUUGCUGGGAGAGCCAGAUUCUUCAGAUUGUUAAUGAAGUGGUUUUAUGUCACUCAAAAGUGAGACCUGAACCAGACUUGUACCAACUCCUCUGAAUCUUUACCUCUUCCAACUGGGCAGGGCAUAAAUCCUCACAGAAUAAGGCUGCAAUACUCUAUUUUCCUUACAGUCAACAAAUUUCAAACCAAAACUCAUUUCUUUCUGUGCUUUAUUAGCCUGAAGCCCAUUUAUACAACUAGCAAUGGCAACCUUUCUGAAUAGAUAACAAAACAUAAUUUUAUAAAUUUGUGUUUGUAGAGUAUUUCUUUCAAUUAUUUUUUUUAAAGUUAGUUACUGUAGACUUUAGAAAUGUUUUUCAACUUAAAAACUAGUUGGGUUGGUGCUAGUAAUUUGUUGGCAAUCAUUUCCAGCUCUAUAUUCAUCUUUAGAAAGUAAAAAAGUGCGUAUGAAUUUAGCUAAAAUGUAAUUUCAAAACCUUCUUGAAAACUAAUAUUGAAAAAUCUCUGUUGCAAUGACCAGUUCUUUGGAGCUUUCUGAUGAAAAGGAUAACCAGCCUGACAUUUCCUGUUCUGUCAUCUCAUUUUUUUAUAUUUCACUAUAAUUUUUUUGAAUAUUAAAAAAUAUAUUAAAUAAUGUAAGAAUAUAUUAAACAAUAUAUAAAAUGCAGAAUAUUAAUAUUAAAAGAAUAGUUGUUUUUUUUAACUAAUAAAAUUGCAGCAGUCUGGUAAUUCUGGUUAUGUGAUGCUACUUCAUUGUUCAAGCACACUGGGUUGUGAUUGCAGACAUCUCUAACUGAUGCCAUUCUCUUGCCUCUGUGGACUGAAAAUGCCAAUUUUGCCCAGUUAUCUUCCAGUAUCACUUUUGCUACAUUAGGGCACCAAUCUCUCUCUAACUGUUCAUUUUCAGAGUAUGGUCACUUAUUAAAAUUAUCUAAAAUUAAGGCAUUAAAAUUUCUUCAAUCAGUCCUUUAAAAGUGUUAAAAAUACUAGAUGUCUUUUUGGCUAACCAUUCUGUAUCGUAUGGUUAGCCAAAAUACUCAUGAGUAGCUUGGUCUGCUAGCUGACAUUAGGAUUGUGAAGUGUAAAUUAAAUGAAAACUGGAUUUCAGCCAAAAUUUUGUGGGAUUAAUGAAACUGGUACUACAAGUGUACACAAGGCCUGGUUUAUUUUGUAUUUCGAUAUGAAUUGCAGCAGUGAAACCCAACAUGAGGUCCAGUACAAACAUUUCUAUCAGGCUAGCUUACAUGUAUUAGUUUGUUGGUGAUGCUAACAACGAAAGGGGUUUUUUUGUUUUUUUUUAAUGUUCAAUUAGAGCCUCAACUGAACCACAUAAACUGAUCCAAAAAAACACAUUAUUAUUUUUAAAUCGUUUCUGGGCAGCAGUUUUGAAUACACAGAGAAUACUUAAAUCCACUCUUUGUUUAGUUCUUUUAUUGGCUUCCAAAUAGGGUUGGCCAUGUUCUGCAUUAUUCCUAUCCUUUAAAGUACAUAGCUGAAAGAGUUCUCUUUAAUAACAGCAUGCUACUUAAAUGUACACUGCUAUACGUUAUGUUGAAAAGCUUUGAAAAUAGGCAAGAAUUUGUUUCUUAUAUCAGCCAUGGAGGUGAUGAUUAUAGUCCUUGUUAUCUGAUAUCUCAAAAACCUCCUGCUUUUAUUAUAGUACAAAACCUCUGUGCCUAUUUUGUUCUGGCAAGUUUAUAAACAUGCAAAUUAUUUGCAAAUAUUCUAACCCAGUCUGAUUUUAUCCAAAUACACUUUGAAUUUUUUUCUCUUAAUUGUGCAAUCUAUUUGAUGGAUCUCACGGGAUUUUAGACCAUAAAGGUGUGACUCUGUUCUUCAUCGGGGUAACAGUAGAUUGCUUGUUGUCUCAUUGUAAGUUGCUAUAUUGAGGCAGAGAUUUGUGUUUAUGUCAAAGACCUUAUUCUCAAACCUCCAGUGAGCCCUACGUACCCAGGGUGCCAAGUUUUCCUCUUCCAGUUUUCUAAAGCUGCCCUCCCACCCCCCUCUGGACAUGUCCUCUUUGCAUGUUCUCAAAAGAAAAUGUGCAUGUGCUAAAAAAAAAGAAACGAAAAAAGAUAAUAAUAAUAAUAGAAGUAUUGUUUGGCUUCAUUAUGUCCAUGAUUUGUACAAUUCGUUCCUUGGUUGUAUUUUCUGAUUAUCUAAACAAACGAUGUAUCGGUUUCAGGUAAAGAAAAAAAAAGAAAAGAAAACAAGCUUGAAUAACAUUUUCUCACAGAACCACCAAAGUGGAAGCAGAUUAGAGGUUCUGGAGUGGCUGAUCCUUCGCUGCCUGAUCUGUUACUUGACUGUCUCUCCUGCAGUCAUUUGGACUCUACCUAUAGAUUUUGUAUGAAUAUAAGUCAUUGAAUAAAGAGGUAUGAUUAUGAAA